CAGGGCAGGGUAGAGUGAAGCGAAGCGGAGCGGAGCGGCCAGCGCGGAGCGGCGGCUCGGCUCGGCCGGCUCGGCUCCCCGCGGGACCGACGGCGGCUGCUACCGCCCGGGGAGCUUAUCCUGAGUGAGGCGACUCAGACUUGGCAGCGCUUGUGUAGGGUGGCUCACCUUACCGCCGCCUCUUCCAGCCCCGUUUCAUCCUCCGUGCUGGCACUGGAGUUCACCAACCCAGGUUAAUGCCCAGCCACAUCACCUCUGCUGUGUACUGCCACUGCUGCUGCACAAAGGGAGCUCCUAGGCUUUGCUGAAGGAAGAUGGCUUUCUGGACACAGCUGGGAUUGCUGCUAUGGAAGAAUUUCACCUACAGAAGACGACAGACUUGGUCUCUGGCAGAGCAACUGGGUCUGCCUUUGGAAAGACUGGAUUCAAAUUGAAGAGAGUGGUGGGUGGACAGAAACCAGAGGGCUCAAAGGUGAUCAAGACUUCUGUCCUGAAUCCCAACGUGAGAGAGAGUCAGAGUACUGAAACACUCAUGUCAGACCAGGCAGAGAGGGUGUACGACUGCCAUGUGCAGCAAAGAAGAUAUGAAAUGAAAACCUGUGCCAUGACCUGCUCAGCUCUGCAGUUCCAGCUGCUGAUCGAAGUUGCCUGGCCUCUGUUUAUCUUCUUCAUCCUGAUCUCUGUAAGACUUUCAUAUCCGCCCUAUGAGCAGCAUGAAUGCCACUUCCCAAACAAAGCUAUGCCUUCAGCAGGAACCUUGCCAUGGAUACAGGGGAUCAUCUGUAAUGCCAACAAUCCUUGUUUCCGCUACCCAACUCCUGGAGAAGCCCCUGGCAUUGUUGGUAACUUCAAUGCCUCCAUUGUUUCCCGCCUGUUCUCAGAUGCCAAGAGGUUACUCUUGUACAGCCAACAGGACACGAGCAUAAAGGAUGUCCAGAAUGUCCUGGGAAAACUGCGCAAGCUGGGAAACUCCUCUGGCUCAGACUUGAAACUUCGGGAUUUCCUGGUUGACAACGAGACAUUCUCAGACUUCCUCCAUCAUAAUGUGUCCAUGCCAUCCUCCACAGUAGAGGAGCUACUGGACGCAGAGGUCAACCUCCAGCAGGUCAUUGUGUCUGGUUACCGAAUGCGACUGCGAGAUCUCUGUAAUAGCUCAACACUGUCUGAAUUUCUUACAAUCCAAAAUCAGACGGUGGCCAUGGACUCUGAAGCCUACAUUUGCACCUUGCCAAAGGGAAAACUCCAUGCAGCUGAAAAAGCCUUCCGUGCUAACCUGAAUCCUUUGAAGCCCCUUCAGAGACGACUUUCUUUCAAUUCCUCCUUGGAGGAUCUGUCAGAAACUGUGGAAGCUUUGAGAGAGAGCCUUGGGAAGCUUUUUAAAGAGUUGCUGAGCAUGAAGAGCUGGAGCGACAUGAGGCAAGAGGUGAUGUUCCUGACCAACGUGAAUGCCUCAAACUCCUCUACACAGAUCUAUCAGGCUGUGUCGCGCAUUGUGUGUGGCCAUCCCGAAGGUGGAGGGCUCAAAAUUAAAUCCCUUAACUGGUACGAGGAUAACAAUUACAAAGCACUGUUUGGAGGCAACAGCACUGAAGAUGAUGUAACUAACUUCUAUGAUAACUCCACAACACCCUACUGCAAUGAGCUGAUGAAGAACCUGGAAUCCAGCCCGCUUUCCAGGAUUAUCUGGAGGGCUUUGAAACCCUUGCUGAUUGGGAAGAUCUUGUACACUCCAGACACACCAGCCAUAAGGAAGGUCAUGACUGAGGUGAACAGGACAUUCCAGGAGCUGGGUGUGUUUCGUGACCUCGGGGGGAUGUGGGAGGAGAUAAGUCCGAAGAUAUGGACGUUUAUGGAAAGUAGUCAGGAAAUGGAUCUCAUUCGGACGCUGCUGAAGGGCAAAGCUCUCUGGGACCUGCACUUGCCAGCCUCCAACUGGACAGUGGAGGAUGUUGCCAGUUUCCUGUCAAACCAUCCAGAGGACUUUGAAACAGCAAAUGGCUCAGUGUAUACCUGGGUGGACGCCUUCAAUGAGACAGACCGGGCUAUCCAGACCAUCUCCCGCUUCAUGGAGUGUGUCAACUUGGACAAACUGGAGCCUGUUGCUACAGAAGUCCGUCUUAUAAACAAGUCCUUGGAGCUUCUGGAUGAAAGGAGGUUUUGGGCUGGCAUAGUCUUCACUGAAAUAGCUCCUAACAGCAUAGAGCUCCCUCAACAUGUGAAAUACAAGAUACGUAUGGACAUUGAUAAUGUGGAAAGGACUAACAAGAUCAAGGAUGGGUACUGGGAUCCUGGUCCCCGUGCUGACCCCUUUGAGGACAUGCGCUAUGUUUGGGGAGGCUUUGCCUAUCUGCAGGAUGUGGUGGAACAGGCCAUCAUCAGAGUGCAGACAGGCACGGAGAAGAAGACAGGAGUUUAUGUGCAGCAGAUGCCCUACCCGUGUUAUGUGGAUGACAUAUUUCUGCGUGUCAUGAGUCGCUCCAUGCCUCUCUUCAUGACUCUAGCCUGGAUCUACUCAGUGGCUGUGAUAAUUAAGGGCAUUGUGUAUGAGAAGGAAGCCCGGCUGAAGGAGACGAUGAGGAUUAUGGGACUUGACAAUGGGAUCCUUUGGCUAAGCUGGUUCAUUAGCAGCCUCAUCCCUCUCCUGAUGAGUGCAGGCCUGCUGGUACUGAUCCUUAAGAUGGGGAAUCUGCUGCCUUACAGCGACCCUAGCGUGGUGUUUGUUUUCCUCUCCAUCUUCGGUGUUGUGACCAUCCUCCAGUGCUUCCUCAUCAGCACCGUGUUCUCCAGGGCCAACCUCGCAGCUGCCUGUGGGGGCAUUGUCUAUUUCACGCUGUACCUACCUUAUGUCCUGUGUGUUGCCUGGCAGGACUAUGUCAGCUUCUCACUCAAGAUCUUUGCGAGCCUGCUGUCUCCAGUAGCCUUUGGCUUUGGUUGUGAGUACUUUGCACUGUUUGAGGAGCAGGGAGUUGGUGUUCAGUGGGACAACUUCUUUGAAAGCCCAUUGGAAGAAGAUGGCUUUAGCAUCACCACAUCUGCCGGCAUGAUGUUGUUCGAUACCUUCCUAUAUGGGGUCAUGACAUGGUACAUUGAGUCUGUCUUCCCAGGCCAGUACGGGAUUCCCAGGCCCUGGUACUUUCCUUUCACAAAGUCUUACUGGUUUGGUGAGGAACCACAGGACAGACAGCACCCUCAUCCUGAUCAGAAGGGGCCUUCAGAAGUCUGCAAGGAGGAAGAACCUAUGCAUCUGAGCCUUGGUGUUUCCAUCCAGAACCUGGUCAAGGUUUAUCGUGAUGGCAAGAAAGUUGCUGUAGAUGGUCUCACACUGAACUUCUAUGAAGGACAAAUCACCUCCUUUCUGGGACAUAAUGGAGCAGGGAAAACCACUACUAUGUCCAUCUUGACUGGCUUGUUCCCCCCAACCUCGGGUACCGCCUUCAUCCUGGGCAAAGAUAUCCGCUCUGAGCUCAGCACCAUCAGGCAGAACCUGGGUGUCUGUCCACAACACAAUGUGCUGUUUGACUUGCUGACUGUGGAGGAGCACAUCUGGUUCUACGCUCGGCUCAAAGGGCUGCCAGAAAAGAAGGUGAAAGAGGAGAUGGAGCAGAUGGCGACGGAUGUUGGUUUGCCUCACAAACUGAAAGCUAGGACAAGCAAACUCUCUGGUGGCAUGCAGAGGAAGCUCUCAGUUGCCUUAGCCUUUGUUGGUGGCUCCAAGGUUGUCAUUCUGGAUGAGCCCACAGCUGGGGUGGAUCCUUAUUCUCGCAGAGGGAUAUGGGAGUUGCUCCUGAAGUAUCGGCAAGGCCGCACUAUCAUUCUCUCCACGCACCACAUGGAUGAGGCAGACAUUCUGGGGGACAGGAUUGCCAUCAUUUCUCAUGGCAAGCUCUGCUGUGUUGGCUCUUCUCUCUUCCUGAAGAACCAGCUGGGAACAGGCUAUUAUUUGACCCUGGUCAAGAAGGAUGUGGAUUCCUCUCUGAGCUCCUGCCGAAACAGCAGCAGCACAGUGUCCUAUCUGAAAAAGGAUGACAGUGUCUCCCAGAGCAGCUCUGAUGCUGGCCUUGGCAGUGACCAUGAAAGUGAUACACUGACAAUAGAUGUCUCUGCAAUUUCAAAUCUCAUUACAAAACAUGUUCCUGAGGCCAGGCUGGUGGAGGACAUCGGCCAUGAAUUAACCUAUGUCUUGCCAUACAAGGCUGCUAAAGAGGGAGCUUUUGUGGAGCUGUUUCAUGAAAUUGAUGACCGUCUCUCUGAUCUUGGCAUUUCCAGCUACGGCAUCUCUGAAACCACCCUGGAGGAGAUCUUCCUGAAAGUGGCUGAUGAUAGCGGUGUGGAUGCAGAAACCUCAGAUGGGACAUUGCCAGCCAGAAGGAACAGGCGCGUGUUUGGAGACAGACAGAGCUGCCUCCGUCCAUUUACAGAAGAUGAUGCAUUUGAUCCUAAUGAUUCAGACAUAGAUCCAGAAUCCAGAGAGACAGACCUUCUCAGUGGCAUGGAUGGGAAAGGCUCCUACCAGAUGAAGGGCUGGAAGCUCACCCAGCAGCAGUUCAUGGCUCUGUUGUGGAAGAGGCUGCUUAUUGCCAAGAGGAGCCGGAAGGGCUUCUUUGCUCAGAUCGUGCUGCCAGCUGUCUUUGUGUGUAUUGCUCUCAUGUUCAGCCUGAUUGUUCCUCCUUUUGGGAAGUAUCCUAGCCUGGAAUUACAGCCCUGGAUGUAUGAUGAGCAGUACACUUUCAUUAGCAAUGAUGCUCCAGAAGAUGCAGGCACUCAGAGGCUUUUGGACGCCCUUCUCAAUAAGCCUGGCUUUGGGACACGCUGUAUGCAGGGACACUCUAUCCCAGACACUCCUUGCACCAUGGGGCAGAGGGAAUGGACUACUGCUUCAGUCCCAGACUCAGUCCUGAACAUCUUCUUGAAAGGCAACUGGAGCAUGGAGAAUCCUUCCCCAUCUUGCGAGUGCAGCAAUGAGAAGAUCAAGAAGAUGCUGCCAGUGUGCCCUGCUGGUGCAGGCGGGCUGCCACCCCCACAGCGCGAGCAAGACACUGCCGACGUUCUCCAGAAUCUGACAGGCCGCAAUAUAUCAGACUACCUAGUGAAGACCUACGCACAGAUCAUUGGGAAAAGCUUAAAGAAUAAGAUCUGGGUGAAUGAGUUCAGGUAUGGCGGCUUUUCCUUGGGAGCCAGCAGUUCCCUCAUGCUUCCUCCAAGCCAUGAAGUCACUGAUGCCAUUAAACAGGUGAAGAAAAUCUUGGAGCUAGCACAGGGGAGUUCUGGAGAUCGGUUUCUCAACAGCUUGUCAAGUUUCAUGAAGGGCCUGGAUACAAAGAACAAUGUGAAGGUGUGGUUCAAUAACAAGGGCUGGCAUGCAAUUGCCUCCUUCUUGAAUGUGAUCAACAAUGCCAUCCUUCGGGCCAACCUGCAGCAAGGCAAAAACCCUAGUGCUUAUGGGAUCACUGCCUUCAAUCACCCACUCAACCUCACCAAGCAACAGCUCUCUGAAGUGGCCCUGAUGACCACCUCUGUGGAUGUCCUAGUCUCCAUCUGUGUGAUCUUUGCCAUGUCCUUUGUUCCUGCCAGCUUUGUGGUCUUCCUUAUCCAGGAACGUGUCAGCAAGGCCAAACACUUGCAGUUCAUCAGUGGUGUGAAGCCUGUCAUCUACUGGCUGGCCAACUUUGUCUGGGAUAUGUGCAACUACAUCGUUCCAGCCACGCUAGUCAUCAUUAUCUUCAUCUGCUUCCAGCAGAAGUCCUAUGUAUCCUCCUCCAACUUGCCUGUGCUGGCUCUCCUUCUGUUUCUCUAUGGAUGGUCCAUUACUCCUCUCAUGUAUCCAGCCUCCUUCGUGUUCAAAAUCCCCAGCACAGCAUAUGUUGUGCUGACCAGCGUGAACCUCUUCAUUGGCAUCAAUGGUAGUGUGGCCACCUUUGUCCUGGAGCUCUUCACCAACAACAAGCUGAACAACAUCAAUGACAUCCUGAAGUCUGUCUUCCUCAUCUUCCCCCACUUCUGCCUAGGGCGUGGACUCAUUGACAUGGUGAAAAACCAGGCCAUGGCUGAUGCACUAGAGAGGUUUGGAGAAAAUCGUUUCGUGUCGCCUCUGUCGUGGGAGCUGGUGGGAAGGAACCUUUUUGCCAUGGCGGUAGAGGGUGUUGUCUUCUUCCUUAUCACAGUGCUCAUCCAGUACAGGUUCUUCAUCAAACCCAGGCCUGUCUAUGCCAAGCUGCCUCCUGUGAAUGAUGAAGAUGAGGAUGUAACAAGAGAGAGACAGAGGAUAAUUAGUGGAGGAGGACAGAGUGACAUCUUGGAAAUCAAAGAGUUAACCAAGAUUUACAGAAUGAAGCGAAAGCCAGCAGUUGAUAGGAUCUGUGUUGGAAUCCCCCCUGGAGAGUGCUUUGGACUCCUGGGAGUAAAUGGUGCUGGCAAGUCAUCCACUUUUAAGAUGCUAACUGGUGAUACAGAUGUGACAGGAGGAGAAGCUUUCCUCAAAGGAAACAGCAUCUUGUCCAACAUCCAAGAAGUCCAUCAGAACAUGGGCUACUGCCCACAGUUCGAUGCUGUUAAUGAACUGCUGACAGGGCGAGAGCACUUGGAGUUCUUUGCACUCCUGAGAGGUGUUCCAGAGAAAGAAGUCUGCAAGGUUGGCGAGUGGGCAAUUCGGAAACUAGGCCUUGUGAAAUACGGAGAAAAAUAUGCUGGGAAUUACAGUGGAGGGAACAGGCGCAAGCUCUCCACAGCCAUUGCUCUCAUUGGAGGGCCACCUGUGGUGUUCCUGGAUGAACCAACAACAGGGAUGGAUCCCAAAGCACGUCGUUUCUUGUGGAACUGUGCUCUGAGUGUAAUCAAAGAGGGGAGAUCAGUGGUGCUCACGUCUCACAGCAUGGAAGAAUGUGAAGCCCUGUGCACUCGAAUGGCGAUAAUGGUGAAUGGGCGGUUCAGGUGUUUGGGCAGCGUCCAGCAUCUAAAGAACAGGUUUGGAGAUGGUUACACCAUAGUGGUGAGAAUUGCAGGGGCAAACCCAGACCUGAAGCCUGUUGAGGAUUUCUUUGGGCAUGCCUUCCCUGGAAGUGUCCUGAAGGAAAAGCAUCGGAAUAUGCUGCAGUACCAGCUUCCCUCUUCACCAUCCUCACUGGCCAGAAUAUUCAGUAUUCUCUCCCAGAACAAAAAGAGACUCCACAUAGAAGACUACUCCGUUUCUCAGACCACACUUGACCAAGUAUUUGUAAAUUUUGCUAAGGACCAAAGCGAUGACGACCACACUAAGGAUCUGUCACUGCACAAAAACCAGACUGUGGUAGACAUUGCAAUCCUUAAUUCUUUCCUGCAAGAUGAGAAGGUAAAAGAAAGUUGUGUGUGAGCCAAUUUCAGCAAAGAAAUGAUGAGCAGAAUGCAAAAUUCCUUUUCCUGGUAUAGGAUACUCCCAAAGAAGAAGCUAGAGGAAGAGAAACUGGACACUCUACUGAUAACCAUUCAAUGCAAUGCAAUUCAAUGCAAUGAAAGCAAAAUUCCUUUACAGGGGCAGUGCCUCAUAGAGUCGUCUUGUACUGUUCUCAAGUGAAAGACUUGAACUUAGCUCAUUACAGUAUAACUCUGAAGCUGUGGUAAAGCACCCACUAGAUGCUGUGGGGUUUCAACCAUACUGUAUCUUGUCCUGUACAGUAUAUUUUCACUAGGGUUGCAAAAAUAGUUCACUGAGGAAUCAUGGCCAGUGGUUAUUUAUAGAUAUUUUAGACAUGCAUGUUUCAGUCUUUAAAACAUUCAUGUCAGGAGUGGGAAGUUCCUGGUGCUACAUCCAUUGCUGGCAAUGAAUGCACCAACACAGUCAGUGGCAAAAGUCACCACCAGUGUUGCAGCUUUAGGUUGUGAAAACUUAUUGGACUAGCUGCUUUUCCUAGACUGGUGUAGGUCAGUUGGUGACAAAUCUGGGGCCACAAAACAGUACUGUGCAGAUGGGACAGCAAGAGACAGGCCAUCAUAUCCAUACAUCUCAAUCAGUAAUGGUGAUAUGCAGAACUGUGAACCCUGCAUAUGCACAGGAUUGUCCCACCAGCAUCACAACCAAUAACAUACUCUGACUAGGUUUUUUUGUAGUUAAGUACUCUCCUGCUCCUUUGAGGUACUGCAGCAACUGCAUGAACACCUAGUAGGAGGAAGUGGGUGAGAAGCAGACCUAGGGUUUGAACCACAGCAGCAAACUCAGUAGUUGUACAAGCUGCUAAUGCCACGAGCAAAUGCUAAAUCGUGAGAUUUGUCACUCAGAUAUGUAAUAUGUGCUCUGUAACCCCUGCUUUGCACCAGAAAGGUACCCAUCAUCUGAAGUUACUGCUUAGCACAAGCAUGUUGCCAUUUCUGGCUUUGCCAGAUAAAACUAGAAAUGAGAUGUAGAUUUUUUUUUUUAACAGUAUUAUUUAUGACUUUGAAUAGGUAGGUAGCAUAAUUAGGGAUUGAAAGUGCUUUCAGUUGAUCUUUGUAGCCACAGUAUUUCUUUACAUUAUGCCUGCAAUGUUAUGCUCUCAUUCUAUCCAUUUGGCGAUAGCUACAUUCAUGAUCUGACCAAGUUCCAGACUCUAGCAAUCAGCUGCUAUCUGCAAUUACUGCAAGCUGUUCACCUAAAAUGUUCCUGUUUGGAAACUGGUAUAAUGUUAGAUUAAUGUGUAAGUUUCUGCUUCUGUUGUGCAGUGUAGUUUCAGUCAUUAGGUGAUCCCUAACUGGAGAGUACACCCUUUAUUAUACAUGUGACAAACUGCUUCAGUAAAAAUCCCCUUGAAGGAUAAGAUAGUUCAAAAUUUUUAAAGUUUUACAAAGCCAGAAUAAUAUUAGAGGGGAUAUUAUAUAGCAAGAACAACCAAUUCUUGUUCACAUUGUACAACAGUCGUGGGAGAGUAUGCUUUAAUUAAUACACUUACGGGCCCCUCUGUCUUGCUUUUAUAUUCACAAAUAGGUUCAGUAAUGUGGUUUGAACCUAAGUGCAGUUCCUGGGCUAUUCCUGUAUGUCAUGCCUCUGCCUUAAAUACUUGUACAGGUUCUGCACUAGUUCUUGAUGCUACUCCACCAUGGAUUAAUCACGCACCAUUUUCUUCUGUGAAUGCCCAUAGCAGCCCAACAAACAGUGAAGAGGCUGGCAUGAGCCUGAAGAAGGUUGAUUGCAUAUUUCCAGGUAUACUUGGUAACUCUGACCUAUUCAGCAUUUUUAAAAAACAGUUAAAUAUUUAGCACAAGUUCCCAGUCCCUGCUGUGUCCUGCCUUGGGAUAAAGUAAGAGCUUACUACAUGCUCUGCUGAAGUGCCUUUUUCAUACUUUUUUUUUUUUAAAUCUGUAUAAUACAUUGCUAAGGGGAUUGAGAAAGGAGUGUAAUGGGGAUUGGUAUACCUCAAUUAAAACAUGCUUUGUUAUUACCUUUAUGGCAUCAUCACCCUAUGGGGAUGAGUUACAGGGUGAUGAACACACCAGACUUCCAGGUGCAGAAAAUUAACUGAACAGCUGAGCUACAGCCAUGACUUCUCUGUAACAGGCUGCAGAUAUGUUAUGGUAUCAUUGAAACAAGUAGUAUUGAAGGCUUACCACUGCUAAAAAUCGCUAUUACAAAUCAGCAUAAGUCACCGAAGUGAAGGGCUUAAGUUUUGCACUGCACUGAACUAGUGCAUGUAGAACUAGAACAAGUUCUAGGAGGAUUCAGAUUUGGUCCUGAAAGGGCUGUGGUUUGCUUUUUCUAACUGCUCAUGUAAAUGAUUCAUUCAGCAGCAAACAACAGUUACAUCAUAAUUCUCUUUCCUUAGCCCAGCAAAAUGAUUCUUGAUUCCUAUUGCCCUGUGACUGUCAAGCUUAUACAGAGUCUAUCUGUGACAAAAUGUUACAGUAACCAUGGAUAUUAACCGAACUAUUUCAUAGCUCUGAUCUGUCUUGUUUGUACUGGACAAACAUAAUGCAACUCUCACAUGAAGGUUUGUCAUGGAGUAAGUUCAGACAGCCACUAAUUCACUCUUAAGUGUGUGUUGGGGAAAAAUCACUCUAGAGUCACAUACAGUAUAUGAACCACUCUUGAUAAUGAAACUGCACUGAGGUGUUAACUUAUUUUAAACUUUAUUACUAUCGACAUGUUGCAUCCCUCUUUGUAGUACAUUUGUAUUUCAGUAAGGAGUUGUUGUAUUUUCCCCAUGGUUAAACCACCACUUUGUGCUUAUCCUUCCCUCCUGAAUUGUAGUUGGUCCUUCAUUCCAAGCACUUUAUGCUAUCUGUAAUGGGAUCUAUUUUUGCACUGGAAUAUCUGUUAACUUUGCAAAAUCUAGAGGGAUUUCACAACUGAAAUUUCUAAGUUAAAUCCUUAAAUGGACAUUUUCAUUAAAAGCAAAAAAAAAGUAUAUAUAUUUGUAUUUGCUAAUAACUGUUAUGUGAAGUAUUAAAAGGCACUCUAAUUGCCUUGUAUUAAGUAAAAAAUAAAGCUGUUAUGGCACCA